CACCUAUUGGACUCAGUGAAAAUAUAAUCAAUUAACAAAAAUCCACACAGAUGAACAACAAGACAAUAAAAUCCCAACACGUGUCCAAGACACCCACGCAGCACUACACGUAUCAAACAUAUUUCAUUUACAUUAGAACACGUAGCAAAACCACCCUCAUAAUAAUCCAAAAAACACCUUGCACUCCAAAACUAAAAGUCUAUAAAAACCCAAUCAACGCCCAACAACAUAAAUACUCUAAUCUUUCUCAUCGUCUGGUACUGAGCUUUUUGCAUAUAGUUUUCUGAUAUUCUGAGUGAAAAAUAUCAACCAAAAAAAACAAAAGAAAGAAAGAAAAAUGACAGGAGGAAUUGGAUUUCCAGUGUGCGUGCAAUGUGGGACUCAUAGCAACCCAUGCCGGUGCAAGGUGGUCGGACCCACGGUGGGUUUUUUGGCGUUUGCCGCAGCGGCUAUUGUGGAAUGGCCUCUGGGAGCUGUUGUUUAUUGCUUUAAGCACAUGAAAGGCCGCCGAAUCAUGGCUCACCCUGCUUCUGUUGUCUACCCGUCCGUCUCCAAUGCCAUUCCCAUUUGAUCAUGAAUCCCUGUUUCUCUCUUUCUAUUGGAUUUGAUACCUUUGUUUUCCUUAAUUUCUUUGUAUGUUAAUGCUUGUGUUUUUAAGUCUACUAAGCUACUAGCUGGCGUCUAAGCUUUUCUGUUUAUGUUUGUGUGUGUUUUUUGAUUAUAUAAUAUAUAUGCUUUAUAAUAA